AUGACUGAACACACACUACCUUGCGUGGCCCUCCGAGGAAGGUUCAAAAAGCCUCAGAAUCACGACAAAGUCAAAAAACUCAUUCAUACCAUUGGCGCCAGUUUUACUGCCGACUUAGAGAAAGCAACUCAUGUUGUUACUACAGAACUCUGUUUUGAGAGUGGUGGCCGGUUCAUCAAAGAUGCGAAGGAGCGGGAUCUCAAAAUCCUAGGGAUAGAGUGGCUGGAAAAAUGUAGCGAGAGUCGAUGUUUCGUGGAUGCAAACCCAUAUACCUUCCAUGAUGCCUGCAAAGAUCUAGGUCAGCAGGAUCGAAGGCGCAGUCAUGCGAACUUCGGCAGGAUCUUCGAGAAUAUCCUGACCAUGUGUGAUCCCAAGGUCACAGAAAUGGUGACUAAAAGGCAUUCUGAAUUUUGGGCUCUCCUCACUACGCCAUCGAGGGAGAGUCCGCAGCUUAUAUUAGAAAAGAUUAUUACGAGCCUUUGUAAGCCUUUGAAGGAUAACGCUGAAGCAGUCAAUGCGAUUAGACGUCAGGAAGGCUGUGAAAGUUUCAUAGCAUUGAUUGACUCAAUUGGGGACACCGACUACCUCGCUUCUCAGGUUGAAUUUUUGAUGAUAGUAUACAGAGCAGUAGUUCUAGAUCACUUUGAGGAAGUGACCAUCUAG